GGCCGUGCAUGUUGUGAUAUUGAAAAGCAGAAGCGGUCUGCUGGUGGCUUCCUUCUUCAGAUGCAUGAUUGUAGACGGUGCGAUUGUAAAUGCAUGCCACGCUUCCUCAUUAUCUCUUUCAACACUGCUGCUACUUAAAAUUAUACAAUCACCUUCACGUUUUACGGCCACACAUGAAUUCGAUCCUAAAGUAAAUGUGGCACUUGCGUCUUUAUGUAACACUUGUCUCCAGCUGCAGCAGCCAUGUCCGUGUAACAUCAACAACAUGAGUGUCUUCUGUGUUUAUCUUCCAAAAGCACCCCUCGUGCGAGCGCUGAUUGGCCACAGAGAAUGAUUGACACUUCACCUGGCCUAUAGCUGCAGUCUCUGUGCCAAGCUAUUGCGUUGUAUAUAGGCAGUUACAUAAUUAUUGCACACAAGACAGGAUGUAUGUCCUCAAUAAGCAGCCUUCUGGUGCUUUGGUUUGCAAAAGCGCAUAAAGACGCACAUGUAUGCAUGUAUUGAGAAUUAAAUAUUUUACAUAUACAUAUACUGUAUAUAUAGCUAUAACAGAUAACCAUCCAUCCAUUCUCUACGCCGCUUAUCCUCAUUAUGGUCGCGGGGUAUGUUGGAGCCUAUCCCAGCUGGCUUCGGGCGAGAGGCAGGGUAGCUAUAACAGAUAUGAGUGUGCUAAAAGAGAUGUUGACGUGUUCCCCCCAUAGGUUGAAUUAGACAUGCAUGGGGGGGAAGUCAUUGGCCCAGAUUUCAUUGAGCUAUUCUUAGAGCCUUUGGCUGAUGUCACAAACACUUUACCUCACUGUGUAAAUGAAAAUAUUAUACAUUAAAUUGGGUUGAAAUUAAGGUCAGGGCUGCAAAAAAUGAGUAUCAUUGUUCACCAAGGGUUCAUAAACGGCUUAUAAGAGCACCGGGAACCUCUGAGAUAAUAUCAUCAAUCCAUUCCAGGUUCAAGCGGUCAACAUCAUUAACUGUUGUAAAUAAUGUUUGAACAUUCUUAACAGUUAUAUAAAUGUGAAAAGAAGUUAAAACUUCUUUAAAAAAAAAUUGUACAGUAAAUUGUAGGGGUGUCACGAGAUCUCGCAAGAUUAAAAGGUGGUCUCGUAUAGAGAAAAGCUGUCUUGUGAGAACAGAGCAGCUACUGUGAAUGAUAAUACAUGUAAUAUGGAAGUGGCAGUGAGAGAGGCAUUAUUGCACCUGCAACACCUUGCAAUCCAUCCUACCUCCCAGCGUCCGCGUCAACGAGUGAUGUGGGCUGUUUUUGAACAGCUGCUGCCGUGUUGAUGGCCAAGCAGAAGCUGUAGUAAUACCACAUUUGAUCAAAGUUACUUAAGAUUUGUUAGAUCAUAACACUUGGGUGUCGGACUUGUCUGCACCCACAAUCACAGAGGCAUUCUAUUUACGCUUGUUACAUUUGGCUAAAUUAACUUUACAAGCGCUGGCAAUCACUGGUUCCACUUCAUAACACACCUGUAUGAGUAAUGGCCUUAAAAAAAAAAUGCUAGAAUUUGCAUUUUGCGCAUUUGGAUCUUAAUGAGGUUUUAAGUAGAGCUACAAUAUGCAAAAGCAAGAAGGGAGAGUGAGACAAAAAGCAUUUUGAGAAAGUAAUUUAUUGAAAACAACAAUUAAACUGAAAUAAGCUGUUUAUCAGCUGAUCAAAAGUUUAAGACCACUGCUCAAAAAAUAACAAAAAACUCUCUAAACCAGAAAAAAAAUGUUCUCGGUAGGACUCAGUCAUGAGUAGCUCUACAGUUCUUGUUAAUCACUUCUAAAAUUGGUUUGGGCAUGCUUGAUGCGAGUGUUUCCAGGAGGAUAGUGGUAACAUUGCUCCAAGUGGUGAAGAUGGCUUCACCAAGGGCAUCAACUGUCUGGAACUGAUGGCCAUUUUUAUAAACUUCCCUUGCCAUCCAUCCCCUAAUGUUCUCUAUGGGAUUUAAAUGAGUGGAACAUGCAGGAUGGUCCAAAAGAGUGAUAUUAUUCUCCCUGAAGAAGUCUCUGGUCAAGCGAGCAUUGUGAACUGCAGCGUUGUCCUGUUGAAAAACCCAGCUGUUACCACACAGACGAGGGCCCUCAGUCAUGACGGAUGCCCGCUGCAAUAUCUGCAAAUAAGCACCUGCCAUUUGACGACCCUGCACCACCUGAAGCUCCAGUGUUCCACUGAAUGAAAAAGCACCCCAGAUCAUGAUGGACCCCCCUCAACUGUACCGGGUAGAAAACAUCUCAGGUGGGAUCUCCUUGUCAUGCCAGUAACGUUGGAAACCAUCUGGACCGUCAAGGUUACAUACCCCAGUAAUGGCCUUAAUUUGGAUGGAAGACCGCCCUGUGUCUUGGACAGCCAAUCGGAUCCUCCGGCUCAGCACAGGUGUGAUUUUUUUUGGGUCUACCACUUGACUUUUUUGUUCCAUAAUGGUCAGGAUCUUUCAAAAAAUGUAGAAUGACUGAUUUACUGCUCCCAACCUCAGCAGCAAUGGCACGUUCAAAAAGAGAAAGCUUCUUAGCUUUAGCCAUCAGGAGGGCAUGACAGUGUGUGUGUGACAGAAAAUGAACAUUUUGAGCAGGUUUUGGCUUUUAUAGCCUGUGGUCUUAAACGUUUGAUCCGGUGAUAAACAACACAUUUAAUUUAUUUUUUUUUGUUUGAAUUACAACUUCCAAAUUCUUGUUUUUGCAUAUUGUAGCUCUACUUAAAACCUCAUUAAGAUCCAAAUGUGCAAAAUGCAAAUUCUAGCAAUUUUUCAACUGGUGUUAAGAUUUUGAUCAGGAGUGUAUAUACUAUAUAUUUUAUAUUUAUAUUGAUAUUUAUAUAUUUUAGGGCUGUUAAAAAUAGCACGGCAAAUGCUGAAUUGCGAAUAUGCGGGGAUCCUACUUAUUCUAAAUAUUGAUGAUGAGUAAUAUACUGUAUAUCGUGACAAAUGUGGAGAGAGGAAGACUGUCAACUUGCAUAAGGAUUUGACCUUGAUGGAGCUGUCAUACAAGCGUAAAAGGAAGAUAACCUUAUACAUGAACACAAUAAAAUUUGUACUUUAUUUUAAAAAUGAUGUUUAUUGUCACACUAACAAAUAAUGUGCACAGCAGUGCAUAUUUUGUUCUUCAUUUAUUAUUAUUCUUGACUUAGGCAUGUUGUACUGAGCAGCCAGGACAGCAACGUGUGUACCGUUUUCCUACAUCACAGAAAGUUUUAGUUUCAAAUCUAUGGUUGUCGUCAUAUUUCCCCUAUUUGCCAUCACUGGUACCCUGAGUGGAGUUCAUUUUGAAGAUGCUUGCCAAGCUGAAGUCACAUGUGACAUCAUGCAUGACACGGGUGGAAUUUGGGAUUUUUGAGGGACUUAAGCUACAUAAUUUUUUGGGUCUAAUUCUGAAGUGCAAGACCUUAGGGUUAUUCAACUUUCGAGGUUCCACUGUUACCUAGAUGCAAGAAAAUAUUAUUGUACUUUCAUUAUGCCAUAUAACCUAAGAAUUGUUGCAUGUGAACCAUGUCGGCGUCACGCUUUCUUAGCAUAGUCUCCUUCCUCAAUUGGAUCACUGCUGCUGCUGCCAACAAUAACCACUGUGGCUCGCUCGAAGCAUCUUGUUACUCUGCUGCUCAGUGCACGCCAGCGUGUGAUUCACAGAGCAUACUGACUGAUGGAGAGUGAAUGGUGUAGUGGUGACCUCAGACAUGGGCUAUAUAAUCCUUGAACUGUCAAUGCCAGUGUUUGAGUGCGUCCAAAGAUGUGACCUGAUAAACACUGCAGCAGCAACAGAACUAAUGUUGUAAUAGCAGCAAAGAGCAAACUGCUCAAUCAGCAUUAAUAGCGCUGAGUUCAUUGUAAACAACCACACGUUUCACACCAACACCUGAGUAGCAACAUCUUAAAGUGCAUGUAGAGGUAGAUAAAACUGCUGGAUGCUGACCACUCCUAAUACUCCUAAUAUUUCAAAUGUGGCUAAAAGGAUAAGCAGGACACACAAGUGAAACAAUAUGAUGUACUGUAUGUCUAAUCAAUGCAUUUCCUUUCGAAUACCAGUACCCAAGAGAUGUGUUUCCAGCAACACUAGCAAGGACGUUAGCAUUUUAUUUACAAAAGAUCAGCCAAACAACCACCAUCGAUCAUUUAGGGAUGCGCAAAAACUGAAGAUGGAAAUUAAAUUAUGCAUUUCCAACCGAUUUUCACUAUGUGGAGGCAAGCUAUUACUGGAAGCGUGUCGUGUAGCGUCACAACAACAGUCGUACAAUCAUCACAAUACAUUGCCGGAAAUAGCAGAACUUUGUCUUACAGCUUGGAUAUUUUACAGGCAAUGUUACUGAGUACUGAAUGAGAGGGAUAAUGCUCGUUAAAAAAAAAAAAUGUGUCUUUUCUUUUUUUUAACUCAUCAAAAUGAUUUCCCCCAGUGUCCCCUAGGGGGCUCUAUAACAGUAAACAUCUACAAGUAAAUAUAAUGCUGGACCCAGAUUUACAUUCUUCAAGGCGCCAUCUAAUUUCAAAUGCUUCUCAUCCAUCAGCCAGAAUAGCCCUGUUUCUGAUUUUGGACCCGGAUUUCCAGGACUAGUAUCAUUUACCUUUUUGUAUGGCAUCGUUGUUAGGCAACUGCUUUGAACUUCAGCAGUUAGGCAGUUAGCUUGACUUGCUAGCAUCUGAAUCUGUACCUCUAGCCUGUCCCGAGUUCAAGUUGAGGGUGUCAGCAAUCUGUUCUGAUCUUGUGUUCCAGAAGUGUAGUCAAGAAAGCACCAAAAUAGUUUAAAACUCUAGUAUCAACAGCAGACCUAUUGCCGUGUACAUCAGGGGUCCCCAACCACCGGGCCGGGGGCACACACAAAAAGAAUACUUUUGUAAAUAACUAAAUACAAUUUUAAGUAAAUGCAUAUACAUUUUGGAAAUGUGGGCCAUUAUUUUAUUCAAAAAAUAAUAUAGUUUGAAGUUUUUGCAUGUUUAUGUUGUUUGUUGCGAGAGUCCCACUUUGUUUGACAGUCCUUGAACGCCCCAUUGUACGUGCGCUAGCAUUCUCCCACUCUGCACAGAUUACUGUACUGUACUACUAUACUAUACUGUAUUUUUAUCGGGGCUUUUACACUUCAUAUUUGCUCCCAAAUGCUGGUACUCUGUGGGAAUGCAUAAAGGUAACGUUUGAUGACAUUAUUGAGUUCUAAUGUGUAUAUUUGUUGUGUGUACAGCUUCAAGUUAAUUCAUGCUAGCACACUGCCUGUUACCACACACAUCAAGCAGCGGCGCUAUAAUCUUCUCUCUGAAAAACAAACUCCAAGCUUAUAGUGGUGGAUGGUGGGUCUGUAUUCACUUUGUGCUUUUAAUUUGAUGUUGUUCCUGUCUUAGUGUUACACAAUACAUACUAAAUGAGAUAAAUGACAUCGCUAUACGACCCCCACCACCACCGCCCCGGUCCGCGGAGAUUUGUGGGAACACGAGCCGGGCCGUGCGUCCAAAAAGGUUGUGGACCACUGGUGUACAUCCUUUCCGAUCAACAACAACAGAAAACAGGAGACUCAGGUUAAUUCAGUAUAAAAGUGGAAAAAGAUCAUGUAUCAGCACCUUUAUCUAGUUUUGCACCAAAACAGACUUGAGGAGGUGAAGAAAAAAAAGAUGAAGAACACCUGUGUGUGUGUGUGAAUGACAUGUUGUGUUUUGAUUAAACGUUUAAACAGCGACAAUUAUAGGACAGGAAGGGAUGAUUUACCGACAGAGUAAAGUGUGUGUGACAGUGUGUAUGGUGAAGGGGGCAGGGUCUAACUGUAACAGUAAUGGUCACAAUUUAUGAUUGACUGGUCCCAGUCUAGAACCGCUUCCUGGCAGGGAUGUACAUCUAGAUAGAGCACAGAUGGGGUUCACCGUGAUGCUAUGACAGCCAUGUGGCCUAAACACUUUCCUCCCUCUCAAUCACCGAUGUCAUCAUUAUGUGUCGCACCAUCUGCCAAACAUUAUCUUGGCUGAUCGUGGCUCACACACGUUGUCUACUGGCUGAUCUUCUCUCCUGAGCAUGAAUAGAAUGUUUCCAGCCGUGAUGGCGUAUUGUCUCUCUGAAUAGCUGCACCUAAAAUUGGGUCAACUUAUGGUUGGGGCAUUCAUGUGUGCAGCGUGCGUGUUGCCAGAAGGUGUGUGGAUGUAAGCAUGUUGUCAUCAUCCACUCACAGAUUUCUCUCUGUAGAGCUGCCCUUAACCAAAUGCAGCAGAAAAACUAAACAGACGCAAAAUGAAGCUUGUACUCAGAUUAAAGCUGCAUACAGCAUCACAUUGACCUUUGACCACUCUGUACUGACCAUCAUGUGGCAUAAAGGGACUUGUUGUCUUCUGGACAUGGACACUUGAAACUACAGGCUAUAAAUUGGAGGAUGGAGAAAAGACUUCUUUGUUUCACUGUGAUUUUGCUGCACACACAAUCUGAUGCCGCUCCAUUAAAACGCUGUGGAUCACAACUCAAAGUUACUGCAAGCUUUGAGUGGGAAAGCUAACCUACUUUGUGGCUUAGUUUUUCUUUAUAUUUGACAAAUGUUUCUCUAUUAUUUUGCAAGGACAUGGUGGCAGGUGUGGAAGUCUUUAACGAACAAAGGUUUAGCUCAAAUGGAGUGGCAUGAUUCACAAAAACAUUUCAAAAUAACAACUAAAACUAGGAGACACAGCUUAGGCCAACAUAAACUCACCAUGGGAGGGGGAAAACAGGGACACACACAAAAGAAGAAUAAAUCCAGGAAAUAGAAAAAAUGCUUAUACAGGUACAAACAGAGGGCUUUGAGAAUACAGGUAGCAAGAGUCCAAGGAAAUACACAAGUGCAAGCGAAAACAUAUCCAACAAAAGCAACUGAACCGGUGACUAGCUGAAGCCCCAAUUCAAUUACAUUCAACUGUAAUUAGAACUCUAAAUAAUAAUAACAAACAGGUGCGUUCCCAGCUCCCUCAAACGAGUAAAAGUGAAGCCUUCGGUGCCAAUCAGGAAACAGAACAGGAAGUAAUGACGGAACAGAGAAAAAUCAACUCACAGUUUACACAAUUUAUAAUAAGUGUAAAAUAAAGCUAGCCCGCACUCACACUGCUGCACAGCAUUCAGGUUUUGGGCUGUUUACAUGUGCUAUCUUCAUUUGAGUUGUUCUGUUUGCAAAAUGGCUUUUGUAGAAUCAAUUUAUGCAUUGUUUGGGUCCAGUUUGCUUUGUUUUGUGUUUAUUUUGGUACUAGCAUUUGUUUAUUUGGUGACCUAUAUUACAUUUGACCACUGGUGGUGGUAUUGAGGGGCACUUAAGUGCAGAGGUGAGACAACAUGGGUUUGGGUGACAGGAGUUUGUCACACAGUUUGUACCGCUAGCUCAUUCACGCUCGCUUGUCCACCCUUGUCCAUACAUAGAACCUGCCGCCAUACACCGCCACUCUAGACAACGGACUGACUCGUUCAUUUUUGUACAGUAAACUGAAACAUACCCCAAAUGUCUUCUGUCUGGAUGUUGUUUCUUUGAGCGUUUAAUGACUUGGAUCCCCCACAACCAGAAAUGACUAAAAUGGUAGGAUUGACGGUCGCUACAGCGGCUAUUAUUAAUAACUGGCGAGAGGAGCAACUGCAUAAACUAAAUGGCAUGCCUACUUUGGACGUACGCUUAUGGACAUGUUGGCUGUGGAUUAUUUCAAAUCUUUAUAAUUGUUUCUAUUAUACAAGAUGUCAUUUAUCCUUAAUGACUAACAACUGGAAGAAGGAUUGAAUUAAUUAUAUGACACAUACACAGUAUAUUGCACUUAACCGUGUGCUUGUGCGUGAGCGAUGAAUUGUACAGUGGGCUUUGACUUUGUGGAUUAUUUUGAGUCUAUUCAUUUUUGUCAUGUAAAAACUCAUGAAUACCUGGUGGGAAGACUGAUCUCAUUCAUUAUAUAUAUAUAUUUAUAUAUAUAUAUAUAUAUAUUAUAUAUAAGACGUCUGUGUUGGCCGUGUGCAUGUGCUUGUGCAUGAGCAACAAGCGCACUGUGGGUUUUGACUUUGUGGAUUACUUUGAGUGAUCAUUUCUGUUAUGCAAAUCUGUCAUGUAUAACUGGCGGGAAUACUGAUUUAAUUCUGGCUUCUGUGUUGGGCCUGUGCAUGUGCUUGUGCGUGGGCAACAAGUGUACUUUGUGAAUUAUUUCUAGUCUUUUAAAAAAAAUUAUAUUAAGCAAGAUAUCAUUUAUGACUAAUAACUCUCAGUGUUCGCUUGUGACAAAUUUACGUUGUGCACUUUGACUUUGUGGGCCCAUCAUUUUAUUUCCUUCUACUAUGCAAGGUGGUGGUUUCAUUAAUAACUCAGUGGGAGGACUGAUUGUAUUCAUUAUAUGACUUGUCUACAAACUCACAAUUGUCAAACGAACCAGACUUUAGGUGUCAAGUUAUGCUCAAGCAUGGCAUAGAUUGUCGAGUGUGAGUGUGCAAUAUUAACUUAAUGGGAGAGCACUUUAAAAAGUAUCCAGGAAAUGCAAUGAAACUUUUUGUAUUUGUUUAUAAAGGGCUAACGUGCAUUCGUAGGAAAUUGUGGCUCAAAACAAGUCAGUGGCCAAAACUAAACUUAUUUGUUACUAUCAAGUGACUAAAAUACACUAUGAUCUAAGAUCACAUAGAAAUGUACUGGUAAAGUUUACAAAAGCCCUAAUUCAUAGUAUUCAUGUGUUAAUAUACUGUAGGUUAGAGGUGGGAUCAAAAAUUAAAACAUAGGCUUCUCUGUAGCCUUGACAACUCUGCUCUUGGCCUGAGUCCUCGAUGACAAAAGUGUCUGUGGUCAAUAGUGAUAGUCAACGAUGUCACCGUGUGUGAAUAAAUGUGCAAGGGUCGCACAGAGAGGGCCACUCCAAUUAGACAAUGGCCUGCCAGUGUUUGCGUCUCUGAAAGCCACAUUAUUCAGACAUUUAUAAUAUCUUCUUUUAUGCUGUGUCACUCUUGGCUUUUGUACCCAUUAUGUAAGCAAGGUCACAUUCUGAAGAGCCCCAACUUUACAAGGUAUCUGGUGAGGGGGUGUGUGUUGCUGAAUGGUGUCACGGACCACGUGGACAUUAAGAGUUUUACUCAGUUGGAGUUGGCAUGUUACUUUGUUGGCUUUUGAUUUGCCAUGGCAACACAUGUUCUAUAAGGAUGCUACGUUAAUUAUGGGAACAGCUGAAAGCACAAAGAGACAGAAACACAAGUCAGCAAAUCCAAGCACUGCACAGAGGGAGCCUUUUUCCUGCACAAGCAUGGCAGACCAGAAAGACAGACUAGAUGACUUUAAAGUCCAGACAGCCAAGCAUCCCAACAUCAGCACGGCCCAACUACGGCCCCAUAAUGAACACUCGAAAGACCGAGCGUCCAAGAGGCUCUCCUCCGACUCGAACGGAACCAGCGAUGGAGGAAUGGGUUCGUCCACACCAGUGGAAGUGACCGCCUUAGAGGAGUCAUUUCGACGUUUCGCAAUCCACGGUGACACACGUGCUACCGGCAAGGACAUGCAUGGCAAGAAUUGGUCCAAGCUCUGCAAGGACUGUGGUGUGAUCGACGGCAAGAACAUCACCCUCACCGAUGUGGAUAUCGUCUUCUCCAAAGUCAAGAAGAAGUCCUGCCGCACCAUCACAUUCGACGAGUUCAAGGUUGCGCUGGCAGAGCUUGCCAGAAAGAAGUACAAAGAAAAGACUGGAGAGGACGCCGAAGCUGAGGUCUUCAAGCUGAUUGAGGGGAAGGCGCCCGUGAUUGCCGGGGUCACGAGAGCCGUGGCUUCCCCGACAGUGAGCCGCCUGACAGACACCACAAAGUUCACGGGGUCGCACAAGGAGCGUUUUGACGACACAGGUCGCGGGAAGGGUAAGGCGGGACGAGUGGACGUAGUCGACACUUCGGGAUACGUCUCAGGAUACAAGCAUCAAGGCUCCUACGAAAAGAAGGUCACUAAACCCCCCAAUGCCAACAAACCCAUGUAAUGGUGGGGGGAGAUAAACAUUGGCUCUACAGCUAGGAUCAUUUUCUAUUAAAAGGGUACGCAAAAAAUAAAAACAAAUAGGUCAUCUAUUUCCCCCACCCGGUUAUGUUGUGUGUCCAAGAUGGGUUUUUUUGAGUUCCUCUCUUUGUGAAGUGUGAGAACUGGAAAACUGUUUACAUCUAUUUUUUACAAAGUCUUCACCAGCUGGUACAUUCCUGUUUGAUAGCAAGUUACUGCCAAAAACUGAGGACAACAAUGAUGAUGAUGAUGAAGCCCUGUUGUUUUGUUCGGGCCUUAGAAUAUUUAUCAAGCACAACGAACACUGAAAGCUAAGAAAAACAAAAAAAAUGGGACAAGGGUUUCAUGAUGUAACGUUGCACUUUUCCAAAAUUACCCAUAUUAAGAACAAAUGCAUUUUUGAUGAGCCUCCUAGAUAUUUUGGAUAAUUUAUAUUUAAUAUCCUGUCUUACGUCUACUCCAUCCCAACACCCGCCCCCACUUGUCAGCUGUGUAGAAACUCUGCUGUUCAUGCUUCAUUUUUUUUUU